AGAUCGCAGCAACCAUGGCAAAAGAAAAACACCAUCUUCCCCGCACAACAGAUAUGGCGGACAAAUUUCGUCUCGGAUCCGGGCUGAUACGCCUCAUCGGUGGCGCUAGGGGGAAAAAAUUCUCGUUCCCAUCCGGCGACAAAUCGGCCGACAAGCAUCCAUCCUCCAAAUCAACGGGUAAAUCGUCCUCCAAAGCCUUGCCGCCACCCAAAGUGACACCGCCCAAAGAUUUCUACGCCGUGCUUGGUGUAAGCCGCAGUGCUUCCUUCAACGACAUCAAAAAGGCGUACUACGAGCUGGCCAAACAGUUUCAUCCGGACCGGCGGACGGCGCAGCAAAACAGCAACUCCACCGCGAAGGAAUCGACGGCGGCGAUGGAGAAGAAGUUUAGCCAAAUUACCGAAGCGUACGAAGCGUUGCUGGUCGAGGUGAAACACCGCACCGAAAGCGUCGUCGACCUCAAUCCCAGCCUGUACAGGGAUUUGCAGAAGAAGCACAUGCUGCUGCCGAAGAACGGGCAAAGCGGCAACACCGCACCACCGACCACACUGAUCAACGAGCUCAACUACGAGGACGUGGUGCUGACGCUCACGUUCAAGGAGUCGAUCGAAGGAACGGUCCGCGAGCUUACACUGCCGAUCGGCGUCAAGUGUGACCGAUGCUCGUACACCGGCACCCAGUCGGCGCUCGACCCGGAGGGUCUCUGCAGCAUCUGCCACGGUACGGGCAAGCAGGAGUUCCACACGGAAAGUGGCAAGCUGCUGAUGCCGUGCAAGUUCUGCAACGGUUCGAAGCACACGCCGCACAAGCUGACCUGCCCCAAGUGCCACGGGAAAGGGAUUGUGAUGAAGCAGCAUCCCCUCACCGUGAGCAUCCCGAAGGCGUCCCAGCAUAAGGACCGGCUGAAGGUGCGCAUACCGGGUCUGCAGCGGCAGCUGAACGUUAUCCUGCACGUGCAGGACCAGGGCCACUUCCGACGCGUCGGUCUAAACAUUUACUCCACCGAGGAGAUCACGAUGCUGAAAGCGAUCCGGGGCGGCGAUCUGUCCAUCCGCGGCAUCAACGGGAUCUUCAACGUGUACCUCGAGCCGGGCACCCAGUUCGGGACGGAGCUGCGCAUACCCGGGAAGGGGCUGCGGGACGAGCUGCACCAGGACAUGGGGGACCACAUACUGACGCUGCAGAUCCGGCUGCCCCGUACGCUCACCCCCCGCCAGCUGCAGCUGCUGGAAGAGUUCGAGCGGGCGGUCCACUGCGAUGCGUGAUGAUCGGUGAUGUCC